AUGGCCAGUCAUAUCAUUGGCAACCGCAACAGCACUCCUGAAGCAUCAAAUUCAACCCUUCGUCCUCCAUCCUCAUCGCGAAACCUCGGAUCGCACCAGCUGCGGGCGUCGGCAGACAUGUCUGGGUUUCCUUCGCCGCUGUCCGCCCGAAGCAUCCGUCCAUCAUCGGAGGUCUUUUUCAACCAACAAACCCAAGGUCAGAACGCGACGGAAGAUGCUUUGGACCGUGCCGCUCAACAAUGGCUUUCGGACAUUGAUCAGUACGAAACUACAUUGGAAGAGAUGGCAGCUGCCACGCUUGAUCAGGACUUUAAGGAUGAACUCAGUGCUAUCGAGCAAUGGUUCCGUGUUUUGAGUGAAGCCGAGAGAACUGCGGCCCUAUAUGCCUUGCUACAGCAGACCACUCAGGUGCAGAUUCGGUUUUUCAUCCAAGUCCUGCAGCAAAUGUCUCAGGGUCACCCGAUGUCCGGCCUGCUCUCCCCUGCUAAUUUUGGCGAAAAAGAUGCCAUGUCCAGCCGUCUGAGCGAUGCUAUGUCGAAGCUUAAUAUGGACACCUCUUCCCGGAACUCCCUCGGACGACCCCCGCCAUCCCCUGGCGCGAAGCGCAACUCUGUCCUUGACCCUUCCACCAUCAAUGCGAUGUUCCCGGAUGCUGCCGCGGCUAUUGCGAAGAAGAAGGCCGAAUUCACCCAGCAAACCGGCAACGCACCCCCGUCCAACCGCAACAGCGCAGUCUUCGAUCGUGCCUCAUUCGUGGCGCCCACCAUCUCGGCGCCUGACAACAAUUCGGAUGCUCUGGGCCAACAGCCUGGCUCUCCGUGGGCCCAGCGUGGUGUUUCAGACACGCAGCCUCCGAUCGCUCGGCCCAAGUCAUCCUCCGGACACCAGCCUAUGGGCCAGUUCAGCCAGCCCUCUGGCAUGCGCUCGCCUCUCCCUCAGACUGCCAAUAUUCCCGCUGCCGAUAUCGAGCCCCCCUGCUUUCACCAUACAACGUCGGCAAUCACAGCUGGGCGUCAAUGA